ACUACUUUUGUCUUAUCUUAUUGAUUCUAGUUUCACAGUUUGAAGUAGUUACUAUAGAAACCGGACAUGUUUACGUAAAAUCUGUAACUUUAAACAUCAACUAUUUAAAUGUUUUAUCGAAAUGUUGGACUUGACCGAUAAUUUAAACUCUCUCGGAUUUGAGGCUGGACUCAGUGAAGAUGAGAAAGAACUGCUUUAUCUGCGCAGUCGAUCUGCUGGCUUGACUGUCAGCGGAUGCGCGCAUGCUGUAUUUGUCUAUGAACUUUUCAGAUUAUUAAGAAAGAAACUGAAUGCUGAGGAUGUCUGCACUGCUAAAACACAUGUGUCUGUUGGCAUACUGGGUGGAGGACACAUGGGCAAACAGCUGGCAAAGCUUUUACUGCAUGCAUCCAGCCUCAAGCCACGCCACAUCAACAUCUCAACUAAAAGACCCGAGACCUUAGGGGAAAUUUCAAACAUUGGUGUUGAGUGUUACUUUGACAACAUUAGACUGGCUAAAUGGGCAGAUUUGCUCUUCCUCUGUGUCUUGCCUUCUCAUCUUCCUCAAGUAUGCUCAGACAUUCGCUGCCAUCUGUCUUCAGGCUGUCUUGUGUACAGUUUCACCUCAGCAGUGCCACUGAACAGGCUUGCAAUGCUUCUUGACCACAGUUUUAUUAUCAAACCCCAGUAUGAGUUUGUGGCUUGUGAUGAUGUGACUGCAAUUUGGCUCCUCCACAAUCAAGUGACCACAGCUUUAAAGCACAAGGAAGUGCUUUCCGCCUCACUUCCUCUUUCAAUGAAUGGUGGCCUCUUCCUGGAUCAGAGAUGGGUAUCAGCUGCGGUGUACAGUCUCCUCAACAUGUGCACGGCAGAGAAGCUGGGGUCCGGAAAGACUCUUCGCCUGCUAAAUGGACUGUUUGAGACCGGUGUUUCAACAAAGACAUUUACUUAUCACAGUUUUGUAAAUUCACCCAGUGCAUCUGAUCCCAAUAAACCCGACGACCUUUUUCCGUGGAUCAAUUUGGUUGAUGCACAAACUAAAGACUCUCCAUUGACUGAUUUGCUGUCAAGAAGUAAAGAUUUGCGAGACUGCAUUUCAAUCAUGUACUACAAUGUAUUUUCAAACCUAUCAGAAGGAUAGGACGUACUUUUCUUCAUAGUUUUUUGUUUACUGAAACAAAUCAAUUAAAUUGUGCAACAUUUUAGUUUCAGUGUGAACUUUCUGUGUUCAUGUUUAAUCUGUUUAUAAUUAACCAACUGUUAUGUUUGCAAGAGGAGUCUAAAAUAAGUGCUAAUUAAAUUCAGGGGAAAAGUUAGUAUGUCAGCUCUAUCCCUUUGAGCUGCCUUAGUGCUAUAUUUGUGUUUUAUCCUCUGCAGAUUUUUGCCACACAAGGCCAAAGUACAUUUGAAUGUGCCAAGAUAACUAGAAAAUUGCAAAUCAAGUAAAUAUUGACUAGAACUAAUGAACAAUAGAACUGUUCACUUAUCUCACAAAACAUGUAAUGCUACCAAUGGAAAAUACUUGUAAAAUAAAUGUAAGAUAAAUCA